CGACGACGAUACUUGCCUCUGCACUGCCUGAUUCUCUCUUUUCAUCUUUUCUUCAAAUUAUUCAUUUUCUGCUCUAUAUCAUUACCUGAAGCGAUUGCGACACGACUCUCGUUAUAUAUAUAAUUAAUACCCGCUUUUAUUGUUCUCGAUCCAAGAUUAUCUCUCUUUGCCGCUAUUCAAUUCCCCUGAUUCCUCUUCGCGCCACCUUAUUACCUUGACGUGACCUUGACACCAUUCACCACCAUGGAGCUUUGCGGGCGUCAGAAAGUCGUUCAGCGGAAGAUGGUUCUCUUAGGCGACGGUGCUUGUGGCAAGACCUCGGCGCUAAACGUGUUUACGAGAGGGUUUUUCCCUACAGUAUAUGAACCCACUGUUUUUGAGAACUAUGUCCAUGAUAUCUUCGUCGAUAAUGUGCAUAUGGAACUGUCGCUCUGGGAUACGGCCGGUCAGGAAGAAUUCGAUCGAUUGCGCGCGCUUUCAUAUGAAGAUACCCACGUGAUUAUGCUUUGCUUUAGCGUCGACAGCCCCGAUUCGUUUGAGAACGUCGCCAGCAAGUGGGUGGAGGAGAUUUCCGAAAACUGCCCGGGUGUGAGGAUGGUCCUUACAGCAUUGAAAUGCGACUUGAGGAAAGACGAGGAUCUGAACGACAACCCAAACGCCAUUACGUUCGAGCAGGGAUUGGCCAAGGCAAAAGAGAUUGGCGCGGUGAAGUACCUUGAAUGCUCUGCCGUCCAAAACCGUGGCAUCCGAGAAACUUUUGGUGAAGCCGCCAAGGUUGCCCUCGACGUCAAAACCCAAGGGUCCAAGUCGAGCAAGCAGGGAUGUGUUAUUCUCUGACCGUCCCAACAUGUGAUCGCGUCCCUCGGUCCAAUGCCUGACCAAAUUGUCAGUCGUUCGUCCUCGGGAUUCAAUUUGACCAUGCAUCAGCCUUUGCUUGUUCAGCACCUUGGCGCGGGCUCUUUUUAUUGCCCUAUUCUCUUCGUUCUAUAUAUAUUUUGGCCUAACUUUUACUUUUAAUGUUUCAAGACG